GUACGUAAAAGCUUAAGGUCUUCCUCCUGACAACAUUUUUUUCCCUGCUCCUCCGUCAUUCCGAGAAGAUACCAUAGUUCGUAGUAUGAUAUAAAUUGGCACAACUGGAAGUCUUACAUAUGAACUCCCCUCCUCCCUUCACCCCCUCUUAGAAAACUAAUAUUUUACCAGUUUAAUAUUGACGCCUACCAUGUCGUCCUUUCCUCUCCCUCCGCGCCAACUCUUCUAUGACGGCAAAGUUCAGUCUGCCUCGUCCGGCAAGACUUUUCAAUCCGUCAACCCUUCUGAUGCCACCCCGCUUGCCGAAAUACAAGUUGCCUCCCAUUCUGAUAUUGAUGCAGCUAUCGCUGCCGCCGAUCGAGCAUUUACCCACUGGUCACAAACCCCUCCUAUUGCUCGCGCACGUAUUCUCCAGAAGGCGUCUCUCAUACUCCGUGAACGAAAUGACGAAAUCGCUCGGGUCGAAUCUUUAGAUUCUGGAAAGGCUUUCACAGAGACCAGUACAGUGGAUGUUGUCACAGGUGCGGAUGUUUUGGAGUACUAUGCGAACCUUGUUGGGGGUGGUGGUUUGAACGGGGAGACCACUCAGCUGAGAGAAGACGCUUGGGUGUUCACUAAAAAGGCUCCCUUGGGAGUCUGCGCAGGAAUUGGUGCAUGGAAUUAUCCCAUUCAAAUUGCCCUCUGGAAAUCAGCCCCUUGCCUUGCUGCUGGAAACACCAUGAUCUACAAGCCCAGUGAAUUCACGCCGCUUCAUGCGCAGACUCUGGCAGAGAUUUACAAGGAAGCUGGACUUCCUGAUGGUGUGUUCAACAUUGUUUAUGGCGCCGGUGAUGUUGGUGCCUACCUGACCUCCCACCCAACAAUUGCCAAGGUUUCCUUUACUGGCCAAGUGGCCACUGGAAUGAAGGUCGCCGGUUCUGCCGCUGGCCACAUGAAAUACGUGACCAUGGAACUUGGAGGGAAAAGCCCUCUGGUUAUCCUCCCUGAUGCAGAGCUUGAAAACGCCGUUGAUGGAGCUAUGAUGGCCAACUUCUACAGCACCGGUCAGGUCUGUACCAAUGGCACCCGUGUGUUUGUGCCUUCUAGCAUGAAGGCAGCUUUUGAAAGCCGCCUGCUCGAAAAGAUGCAGUACAUUCGCCCCGGCCCCUUGUUCGAUGAAGCUACCAACUUCGGCCCCUUAAGCUCCGCCGUCCAUCUUGAGAAGGUGAUAUCAUAUAUCCGUCAUGGUAUCGAGACGGACAAGGCCACCCUCCUUUACGGCGGGCUCGGCAAGCCUCAAGUUUCAAAGGAGUUAGUGAACGGAUUCUGGGUUCAGCCCACAAUCUUCACUGAUUGCAAGGAUGACAUGCUUAUUGUUAAGGAGGAGAUAUUUGGUCCCGUAAUGUCGAUCUUGUACUACGAUACCAUUGAGGAAGCAGUCCGACGGGCCAACAAUACCGAACUUGGUCUGGCGGCAGGCGUCUUUACCAAGGAUGUCAACUUGGCCCAUCGCGUUAUCGACCAACUUCAGGCGGGUAUCACAUGGGUGAAUACCUGGGGUGAAAGCCCAGCUGAAAUGGCAGUUGGUGGGUGGAAGAAGAGCGGCCUCGGCGUUGAGAACGGCCGUAGGGGCAUUGAAGCUUGGGUGAAGAACAAAAGCACCCUUGUCGACAUGAAUGGUGCCGUCGCAACUGUAUUUGCUAAGCUCUAGGUCGAUGACUGGCACAAAUGUUCUUAGAUAGGUUGGGCCGCCACUUAUGUCUAUACGUUUCCUGAGCGCUCCGCGGUAUAUAAAUGACUCAAGAUAUAUGAACCUUAAAAUGCACAAUACACACUUUACGACAUGAAUAAAAUGAAAUCAACCACGUAAUUCCAUGCAAACACAGUCUAAUCUCAUUAUUGUCUAAUCUAUCUUUUAUGAAAAAGUUCGUUAGGUAGGGAUA